AUGACGCGACGCCCCGUGACGGCCCCCUACAGCGAGCCUCUCCUCCCCCAGCUCGACAUCGACAAUCCCUACUACACCGACCUCCACCGCAACCUGCGCGCCUACGUCCGCGACUACGUAGAAUCAUCCAUCGCCCCCUAUGCCCAGGACUGGGAAGCUGCUGGCGAGGUGCCAGAGUCGGUGCGCCUCCGCCACUGCGCGCUGGGCUUCAACAUCGUCCAUCCGCUGACCACGCCCGAAGACGCCGCCGGCCUGUCGCUCCCGGGAAACGUGCCCCGCGACCGGUGGGAUACCUGGUGCUCGCUCAUCGUGACCGACGAACUGGCUCGCGUGGGGUUUAUCGGCGUCAUUUGGGGGCUGGGCGGCGGCAAUGCCAUCGGAUGCCCGCCCAUUGCGCGAUUUGGCUCGCCAGAGCAGAGACGCCGCUGGCUGCCGGGCGUCGCGAAGGGCGAGCUGAGAUUCUGUUUGGGCAUCACGGAGCCUGAUGGUGAGGACUCUUCGUCCGGAACAAGCCUUAUAUAUCUGGAUCGGACGUUGCCAACAUCAGCACAACCGCGCGAAGAGAGGGAGACCACUACAUCGUCAACGGCGCAAAGAAAUGGAUCACCAACGGCAUCUGGGCCGACUACUGCACCGCUGCGGUGCGCACUGGCGGACCAGGACGAAAGGGAGUCAGCGUGCUUGUCAUUCCUCUCAACGCGAAGGGCGUCACUCGCAAGCGAAUGUACAAUUCUGGAGUCCAUGCGAGCGCUCUUCGACUCGCCCGAGUCUGCGCCGAGGACGCCUUCAAUUACGCCACCCAGCGAGAGACGUUCGGCGCCCCUCUCAUUACGCGAACAGGUGAUCCAGUCCAAGAUCUUCAAAUUCGGCCUCCUCAUCGAGCCCGUGCAGUCCUUUAUGGAGCAGCUGGUCUACAUCAUCGAGUCCAGCAAGGACCGGCCCGACCACGAGGUCAACAUCGGGGGCAUGACGGCGCUGCUCAAAGUGAUGGCCACGCGGGCACUGGAGAAGUGCGUCCGCGAAGCCCAGCAGAUAAUGGGAGGCGCUGGCUACAACAAGGCCGGCAAAGGCGCCCGGGUCGAGCAGAUCAGUCGCGACGUGCGUGUGCACGUGGUGGGAGGAGGCAGCGAAGAGAUCCUGAUGGGUCUUGCGCUUCAAGAGGAGAUGAAGGCUCUCCGGGUUCGACAGAAGGCGUUGAAAAAUGCGGCCAAACUUUGA